CCGUGAACUUCUUGGAAUUUAUUCGGCUGUAAAAUAUUUCAAAUAUUUGUUAGAAGGCCGUAAUUUCCAAAUAUUCACCGACCACAAACCACUCACAUACGCUUUUCGACAAAAAUCUGACAAAGCUUCACCACGCCAAACACGUCAUCUUGAUUAUAGGUUCGUUCCAACCUGCAAUAAUAUUACGGUAAUAUUAUCGUUAGUAAUUGCGUUAAUGCGCCUGCGCGAGCGAAACCGGUUAAGUUACUAGGAUGAACUUAUAAACUGGUUGGAACGUUUUUAGAACUGGGAAUACUGGGAUGGAAAGUAAACAGCUGGGCUGGCAACACAAUAACAAUAACCUAAAAAAUAUUCAUCCCAAGUUCCCGAGGUUCCCGAGCAACCCGAGCGUCUUGUUCUUUUCUUUUUUGUCCUUUAGUUUUUGUGCCGGCGUCCAUAAUGGCAGUAAAUUAUUUGUUUAAUGUUUCUUCUUCAGAAGAUGAAGAUUUGGAUUUUCUUGGGGAUAUUGCCACAAGAAAUGAGAAUUUCCUAGAAGAAACAGUUUUAAAUUAUUCGGAAGAAGAAUUUUUUUCUAACUUCCGAGUAUCCAGACAUGUGGCAACUGAACUUAGAGACUCAUUUGAAGGGAGUGAGUAUUAUAAGAAUGAUAGUGGUCAAUUUGGAAAAAUUUCUGCUCACAAUCAUAUAUUAAUAUUUUUGUGGUUUAUUGGGCAUGAAGCUGCGAGUUUUGCAGAUGUGUCCGAUAGAUUUAACAUAACAAAGUCAUCCCUAGAAAGGAUUAUACAAAGAGUGUCCGUGUUCCUUAGCAAUUUGGCCCCUCAAGUCAUAGUUUGGCCUAAUGCAGCUGAAAAACUAGAAAUUGCUGAACAUUUCCAAGCCAAUGGGUUUCCCAAUAUUAUUGGUGCCAUUGAUGGAUCUCACCUGAAAAUUGAUAAGCCGGAGAAUGACCCGGAUUCAUACAUUAACAGAAAGGGUUAUUAUUCUGUUCAAAUGCAAGUUGUUUGUGAUCAUACACUUAAAAUUAGGGAUGUAUUUAUUGGAUAUCCUGGUUCAGUCCACGAUAGUAGGGUAUAUCGAAACUCUUCUCUGAGCCAAACACUUGCAGAAAAAUGUGGACAAUAUUUUCUCCUUGGAGAUAGUGGUUACCCACUUUGUGCUAAUCUUUUGACACCUUUCAAGGACCGAGGACAAUUGACAGAGGAACAAACUCGUUAUAAUGUGAGAUUAGCAAGAAAUCGCUAUGUAAUUGAGCACUGUUUUGGAGUACUAAAACAGAAAUUUAGACAAAUGUACCAUAUAAAAUUGCGGAAAAUGGAGUACAUAGUACAUCUCAUAAGGGCAGCUUGUGUUUUGCACAAUAUUGCUUUGGCAGAUGAGUUUCUGGAAGAAAUUGAAGUGCUACCUGUAGAUAUGCCCCAUGUUAUAGAUGAUCCUGAUGAUGAAAUGGAUUUGGAUGGUGAUCGAGAUGCACAAAGAGCUAGAAAUUUUGUUGUAAAUAAUUUACAUUAAAAGUACUGUUUAUAAUAUUUUUCAAAAUAAAUUUUUUUUAAUUAUUUUGUCAAAGUCUAUCACAAACUUCAAUAUCAAAUGAAACAUGCAAAUUUUUAUUUAAAAAAAAAUAAACAAAUAGAGAUUCAUUAAUAUCAAAUUAAAAAACAACAAAAUAAAUAACUACCAUAAAUUAACAAAUAGGAACUCUUAACUUAUGUAAUUAAAGAAAAACAAAUAAAUAAAUCAAUACUCCCUAUAGGGUUUCAUAUAUAUGACAAUUGCACUUUUUUGUUAAAAGAAUAUUGUUUCUCUCUUUUUCAAUUUCAUUUCUCUCUCUCUCAAUUUCAUUUCGUUCACGAAGCAAACUUAAUUGGUCUUGAUGAACCUGUUGAAGAAACCGAUUUCUGUUUUCUUGGUAAGAAAGCCGGUCCUCUCGGAUCUGCUGUAGUACUGUUUUCCUGGUCUUCCUUCUUAUCACUUUUUUUGGUGUUUCAGCAGUUUCU